AUGGGUUUGAGGCUUCCUUCUCCACCAGUAGUGCCUCUUCCACCCCUUGCACAACCAAACACACCCAAUCCAGCGCCAUUGACAGGAAUAAUGAUCUCUCUCUUUUUGCUAUGGUUUGAACGCAGCUUGUAUGAAAAACGGUCUCUCUUCUCUUCCGUGUUUCCUGUCGUUGCUGAUGCAACUUGUGUGUGUGUUUCAUCUCUGUCCGUGUCCUUCUAUCGGACUGCAGCUGCCACGUACACUUCUUCACCACUCUUUUCCUUCUCUUCCCCUCUCGGUUUUGCCUCCCCCCCUCUCUCUUUCCUCUUUCCCUCUUCGUCUAUUGUUGCUUCGCUUUGUAAUGGGAUUACACUAAUUUGUCGCAGCGGUAUGCUGCAUCCAUGCCGGUGCCCGCGCUGCUUGCAUGCAACCCUGCUGCCUCCAGGCAGCGCUGUUACCACCACAUUGCCCGCUCGCUUGCAUGGGCGUGUGUGUGUGUCUGCUGCGUAUUUGUGCCUGUGUAUGUAUGUGUCUACAAAUGUCUGCACCUGUUUCUGUGUGUAUGUCUUGUUCUCUUUGCCCUGUUGUUGUCCCCUUUGCUGUGGCCCUGGCUCGUUCCCCGCCACAAGGGCCACCUCCCUCCCGCUGCCUUCCAGCGUGCUAACGAUGGCUGCAUGCACUCACACGCCGUGCGCGCGCGUGUGUGUGCGUGUGUGUGUGCCUUCGUGGUUUGAGGGGGACUUUGUUAUUGGUCGUUGCCAAUAA